AACUGGACACCCGGACCAAAUAUAACAGGUAUAGACGGGCUGUACGACCGAUGUAACACCGAUUUUGACUGCAAGGGGGUGCUCACGUGCAACUACUAUUACUGCUCCUGCCCACCAACGACUACUCUCACGGGGACGAAAUGUCAGAGCGAAAGAGAUACCACCUUGGGCAUGCAAUGUCUGACGGACCGACAGUGCAGAAGCUUGACCAACCAGACGAUCUGCAGUUUGGCUACAGGGACAUGCGCUUGUGAUGCAGGCUUCUACGCGCGCGAAGGGGAGUGUUAUCCUAUUUUGGGCGAAAACUGCACGGGAUACGAAGAUUGGUGUGGCCAAUAUCUCGACGGCUCCGAGUGUCUGGAUGGCGUCUGUACCUGCACCUCCGACACAAUGGAAGCUAACUAUCAAUGCAUGUCAAGCAUGGACUGCGUAGAGCAUGUGAGACCUCUACCGGAAAUUGACCGGCGGUCGCCUUCCUACCGCGCCGCGAAAACCGAAGUCCUGAUCAACGACGGUCAAUCUAGAGAAAGCGAUUGGUUCGACCUUGGUCAACACAUGUUGUCGACGAACAGCUCUGUGAAGCCCGGUGAUUGUGCGACUCUGCAUCCUGUAUACAUGACCGGGGCCCCUAUCAUUUCACUGGCUGACGGAGACACAGUUCAAAGGGAGGUUAUAAUAGGCGGUGAUUCCGGGAUCAAAGAGAAAUAUCCGGUCUCCAUUAGGCGAUGUGGCGCAAAGAAUCGUGUGCUGCUUCCAAAACUUCCGGUCGCUUACGCAGGCUUUUGUUUGGAUUCCAAUGUUCCCUCGGGUCAGCCGUUUGAAAACGGGAAGUACAGCGUUAGGGUAAACCAACAUCUCUACUUCGAGGAACAAAAUGGUGAAUUUGUGCCUGGCAUACAGUUUAAUUGCACAAUUGAGCAGGGUGUUAACAUAUAUGACAAAGCCAAUGACGAUAAAUUUAUUACAGCUAAUUGGUACGUGAAUGGAAAACACUGCAAGACUUAUGGACCUGUGCAAUUGAUUGAACUUAAUAAAUUAAUAAUUAAUGAAUCGGAGAUUCUAGACGAAUGCGGUGUUGCUGCUCUUGGAUUCGAGUUGCAAUGUUCGAUGACAGUGUCCAUCAACAGGACUGGCAAACCAUCGCAACCGGAGACAAGCGACUAUAUCUUUGUGGGCGAAAUUCCGCGAGCAUACAGUGUCGAUUCGACCGGCAAAGCCGUCAUCGCCAUGUCACCGUUCAACACUCCAGUGGGUUGCCGAGGAAACUCCACAGAAUUCAUCUGUGAGGUCGAGUACAAGUUGAACAUAGGUGGUGGCUGCUCGGACAGGCCGCAAUGUGGCGUCCGCCUUAUAGGUCUCACUAAAGCCGGCCUUGACCGGUACGGAAGCUGGCUGACCUACACAGAGUCUGUGAAGCAUGGUUUUUUCUCCUCGUUUGAAAAUAAUACCUACAUAUGGGAUUCCCUUACUGGAACAGCAACGAAACAUCUGAUUGACGCAGACACAACGGACGACAUGUUCGUGGAGAAGUAUUGUGCACCUGAUAAGCCCAUCGGUCAUCGCCUGUGGGACUCAUUUGCUUUGCCGGACGUGAAGAUCUACAUCGAGGAUCAAAGCAAACUCCGAUCAAAAUGUGACAUAAUUUGGGAUCACCAGAGAAAGCUACAAGUGCUUGUUAAAUCGACGGGCGACAAACAAUGGACUCUGGAUAUUGACAGUGUGGGAGAGUUCCUCUUUGUAAGAAGUGUAGGCUUCCCAACAGAGGGUCACAUUAAAACUGAAAAGUGCGCGGAGUCAUCCAAUGGGGUGUGCGUGUGCGGUUGGACCCACAGGGAUGGUAACAAGAUAUUCUCAUACGGAAUCUGUGGGGGACUCAAGGUUAAUGGCUUCACCUGGGUGUCUGAUACAGAGGAGGAUGUAAUGUACCGUAACCAAGACGGCUGGGAAAAACGGGAAACAUAA